UGUAUAUUACAUUUUGAUUGGCUGAUAUCAUGAGAGGGUAAAUACCCUCUAAACAAAAUAGGGUAAUCUAAAAGAAAUCUAUUAUAUAGGAUAUCGUUGGAUAUGUCUCGAUGAAUAUUUUUAAAAUAUUAAAUUUUUAUAAUUUUAGCUAGUACAUAUUUAAAAAUAUUUAUGAUAAAAAAUGUGCAUCAGCAUGUAUGGAACACUCAACUAAAUGAUAUAUUUUGGGAUGGAGGAAGUACUAUCAACAUGUCAUAAAUAAAGCCACCUACAAACAAAAUAACAUCUUGAAUGUUUACAUGCCCACAAAGUUAGUAUAUAUGUUAAAACCUGAAGAAAGUUAAAUAGAGCUUACAUCUUAGGUAUACAUACAGUUAGAAAUGAAUUGGCUUGAUGAAAUCAAUGAGGAGAUCGAGAACAACGUUCCUUCAAUUGCCAAUGAGAGAGAACAAUGGAAGAAACAUUCAAUUUACAAAGUACCCUCACAACUCACGGAGUUGAACGAAAAAGCCUACGUGCCCCGAGCAAUUUCAUUUGGACCUUACCAUUAUGGGAAGGAGCAUUUAAAGCCUAUGGAAGAGCACAAGCAUCGAGCUCUUCUUCAUUUCCUAAAGAGGUGUGGAGAGUCCUUUAAAUCGAUAUUCCAAAAAUUGGAUAAAGUGGCUCAAGAGUUGAGAGACUCGUAUAAGUCGCAUGAUUCAAUUUGGAUAAAUGACACAUCAAAAUUCAUUCAAAUGAUGAUUCUCGAUGGUUGUUUCAUUUUGGAAUUUUUGAGAGUUAACGUUGAUUCUAAUACUCCUACUGACUAUGAUGAGAAUGAUCCCGUCUUUGGUGAAAAAGGGAAAUUUUAUUUGGCGUCAUAUAUUAAGCGUGACAUGCUUAUGCUUGAGAAUCAAAUACCUAUGAUGGUUCUUCAUAAAUUGAUCCAGCUUCAAAUUGACGGUGAUGAGGAGAAAGAUCAUCAUGAGUUGUUAAAUAAGAUAAUCAUAGCGACGUUAAGAGGAUUUUCAAAUCGAAACGUGGGGAAAUGCUUGCAUGUAUUGGACGUGUACAGAAAAAAUGUAAUACAAGAACCAAGCUACACAGACACCCUUAAUUCAUGUCUAGAAGCAAGUGAAGAAGAUCAUCUUAAUCGAUCAGCAAUGGAGCUCAAAUAUACUGGAAUCAACUUCGAGACAAGUGAAACAAUUAGUUUAGAAGUAAGUGAGGAAGAUGAAGAUCAUCUUAAUCGAUCUGCAAUGGAGCUCAAAUAUACUGGAAUCAACUUCAAGUCAAGCGAAACAAUUAGUUUAGAAGUAAGUGAAGAAGAUGAAGAUCAUCUUAAUCAAUCUGCAAUGAAGCUCAAAGAGACUAGAAUCAACUUCAAGUCAAGCGAAACAAGUUUAGAAGUAAGUGAAGAAGAUAAAGAUGAUAUUAUAGAAUUAGUAAUUGAAGAUCAUGAACAUGCUCUUCCACAAUCUGCAAUGGUUGUUAAAAAGACUGGAAUCAACUUCAAGACAAGCGAAACAAGUUUAAAAGUAAGUAAAGAAGAUGAAGAUCAUCUUAAUCGAUCUGCAAUGGAGCUGAAAGAGGCUGGAAUCAGCUUCAAGAAAAGCAAAACAAGGAGCCUCAAAGAUGUUUCCUUCAAUCGAGGUGUUCUUAGGCUCCCAAAAUUGGUGGUUGACGACCACACAGAAUGCAUGUUCCUUAACCUCAUUGCCUUCGAGCUUCUCCACGUCGAUGGAACCCGUAAAGAGGUAAUAUCUUUUGUAUGCUUUAUAGACACUAUCAUUGACAGUGCUGUAGACGUUGCAAUUCUCAUCCGAAGUGGGAUCAUAAUCAACUAUCUUGAGAGUGACAAAGCUGUUGCCAAAUUGUUCAACUCCUUGGCAAAAGAAAUCCCAAUGGAUCGUGAAGGAGAACUUGAAGAGGUGACAAAGAGUAUGAUUUCUUACUGUAAGAAGCCGUGGAAAAGUUGGCGUGCAAGUCUCAUUCAAACUUAUUUUAGGAACCCUUGGGCUAUGGUGUCUCUUGUUGCUGCUUUCUUCCUUUUUGCUCUUACUAUUAUUCAAACUAUAUACACAGUUGGUCAAUUUUAUCAAAAGGACUAAGCCGAAGAAAAUUGUUCUAUACACUUCAAACAAAGCUGAAACACAUCAGAAAAGACAUAAAUAUCCAUCAACAGUUAUCUGCCGCCCGUUAAAAUAAAUUAUAUUGAUAAAUUACUCGUGUUUCCUAGCAUUGAGUGAAGUGUGAACAACAUUUUUCUAAGCCGGAACUCCUUGUCCUGCUAGCAACAAAUGACUCUAAGCCGAAACUCAAAGCCCAAUUCAGUCCACAUGUUUUGCCAUUUAUUCAUUCGGGGGCCUCCCUAUUCUUCUUUACUAAUUUGAUCUAUAUUUCUAA